AAUAGCUGAUUCUAAUCUAGAAUAAAAUGACCAAUCAGUUAUCAGCGAUUAUAUAGCCUAUCUGGAAUCGGCUGUUGGAGUUCAUCAAAUAGUAGUUCCACAAGCACACAUGGAUAUUUUAGAACAAUUUGAAGUAGACAAUGAAGAACCAUAUGACAGCAUUGAGGAGCAUUGUGCACAAUACGUAACUGGUUAUAUAGCAAAUAGGUUUUCUGAAAAAUUUCCCCAGUUAAUAGGCACACAUGGCAUAGAUACAAUGAAUUGGAUCAAAUAUUAUAAUAUGUCUAAAGGAAGCUUGAAGAUUCCAUCAAACAAUUUAUUCAGAGCUGUAAAAAUAUUGGAAAAAAAUUUUAAAGAAAUUCAUAAAGAAAAUUUAAACAACGAGCCAAACAUUUUAAAAAAAUUAACAAAUAUUGUAAAACCACUUAUUUCUCAUUUAGAAAUACCAGCAGAAGUUCUUCAAUGUAUUAUUCGAACUCGGACAUACAUAAGACUCAAUAGCCUCAACAGGAAAAUUAUAGACAAACAGUUUAAAGCAAGAGAUAAAAAAAAGAAGAAAAAAUUUACAACAUAAUUAUAAUAAUUUGUAUUAAUAAUAAAUUAAAAUUACCAACCUUUUGAACUUUUACUCGAAUGCUUCUAUUUAUGCACACACACACACACACAGCGCACACUGGAGCAUAGCUAAUGUACUUUAUCUUAUUAUAUAGUGUUUUUAGUCGUUCUAUACUUUAGCCAUGACAAAAUAUAAAUUAUUUUGUCAUGACUUAGCUUUUUAGCAGGAUUUUGGAAACUAUUGAAGUCAAUUGUCACGUGAAAUCACGAGCGAAAUGAUUAAUGAGCGAAUACGAACCGGAAGCGAUCAGACCAUGAGGCCAGAGGCCAUGACCGGUAACGCCUUUAGUGCCUUACCGUAAAUCGUAAAUCGGAAAUUCUAAUAGUUUCAUGAAUGAUAAUAAAUUUAUUGAUAAGGAGCAAGCCGGCAGCCAUUUUCUGCGUAUCACAAAGUUGAAGAAAAAUGUCACUUGGUUUUCAUAUUUGUAUUUCAGAAAUUUUUAGAUGCUUGACCACUUGUAGUUUUUUGUUUGUUCGAGGUUAUUAUGUACUGGUAUAGUGGUAUCUUAUGUGGUUAUGUUAUUCCAUCUUGCUUUACAUGUAUUAGCUAAAAAUUAAAUUAACAAUGAAAUAUUAAAAAUUAAUAUUACAAUAUAAAAUAUUUGUUUAUGUUUUCGAGUGAUGAAUAUAUUGAUUUUACAAUGA